AUGGACCAUAUCGGAGGUGACCACAAUCGAUUCCAAAGAUUACAUGCUUCAUGCAAUCUUAGACAACUAGAAAAGUUCAAUGAAAAACUCUGGAUUGCCGCCUUUUCAUUCUAUGUUCGCAGCCACGAGGAAUUCUCGGACGCUGAGCUGGAUAUGGAUAUUCUUCGCAUUCUUCGCUUAGCAACAAAGAACUCCUUGUCCAGCGAGGUUCUGAUGUCCCCGGGAGAUGUCAUCGUGCUUGACAACUGGAAGUGGGCACACGGAAGGAGGCCGUACGUGGGAAAUCGCUUGCAUGGCAGUGUCAUCUCUGAUCGGCGGCCAAGGUCCACUGCCCCGAAGCGGCGAGAGGAGCUUUGA